ACAUCAAUAUCGAGACCUUGAAGUAGAAUAUGAGAGCCUUCUAUUUCAGUAUAAUUGUGCAAGAGCUGAUAUUAAUCGCCUUCAAAAUUAUGAAGAUGUUCAAUCCGUUCAAAAUCUUCAGAACAAUUUAGAUCAAAUACAAAGAAACUUUAGGAGAAUAUUGGAGCAACUUC